AUGUUUAAUUAUAGGCGUGAAGUAUUAUUGGAUUUGUGGAGGAAGAUGCCUGAAGCUGCUGCUUGUGAGACCGUUGCACCACCUGAAGCGGUAAAAGGCGAGGAGAAGCGGCAACAAUCGGUAGUAAAAACACAACUGGAUUGGUUAAGCGAGGAACUGAAACUCAGUUCGAGUAUAAUUCAGAGCGAUUACAAAGUGUAUGCGGCAUUUGUGCACAGACGCUGGGUAUUUAUGCAACUGCGCCGCCUCGCAGAAUCCGCACUGGGAAACGUCGGGAAGCGUUCAAAACCUGCCGCCCCUGCGGGAUGUCAGUUGGGGGAAUGUGCGGCUGCGGGUGAAUUCGAUCUUCCGGAGGAGGUUCUUUUUUGGGCGAAAGCGCUGCUUAAGGAAAAACGGCAAGGUGACGCGUUACUCGCAAUGGAUGAGCGGAAUUUUCAUGCAUGGGAGUUCCGGCGGUGGGUAAUGUAUCAAUUGGGACAAAUGGAAGAUCUGUUCGUACAGAGUUCCAUUCAAUUCGGACCUGCAGUUGUGGGGAUUAAAGAAAGGGAGUUCGCAUCUUACAUGAAUGGCAGUGCCAAGUCUGAUCGACCGCGUGAUUUGUUCUUUACCCCAACAGAAGUAAAAGAAUUGAACUUUACGUCGGCAGCUGUUCGGCGAAACUUUUCCAAUUACAGCGCCUGGCACCAGCGAGGAUUUAUUAUGCAGGGUGCACUUCGGCGUUUGCAACAGCGUCAGUGGCGGGAAGAGGAGGCAGACAACAAUCUCCGUGACGGGAUGCUUUCGCAGGCUUGGGGGCAAUUGGAGGAGGAUUUGACACUUCUCACUACCGCCAUUUAUUGUGACCCAUUGGAUCAAUCAGCGUGGUAUUACGCGAAAUUUCUCAUACACGCCUCUAAGCAGUUGACAGCGUUGCCUUUUGCUUCAACAGCAGUUCCUAUUGAUAUCACAGCGAAACUGGAUGAGGUUUGUCUGGAUCUUGUAGGGGAGGAGCGGCGUUUAGGGGAGGAUAUGGAAACGUAUUGGCCUUAUUUACAUCUUGCCACGUCUCUACUCACAAGUAUCAAAAAAAGCAACGACGGUAACAGCAGUGAUGUGAUUAGCGAUCGGCAGUCGGCGUUAAAACUGGCACGUGAAGUAUGGGCUGCCCUACAACCACAAGGAAGGCACGUUAAUGGUGAUGAUGAUUGCAUUAAAUGCUUGCAAGAAUUAUGUGCUCACUUAACUACGGCUGACCCUUUACGUGCGGGCAUGUACAAAUACUUCCUUUCUGAGGUUACCACAGCGUAA